AUCGCCAUCACACGCAAGGACCGCACGCAAACCGCAAGGCGUGCGCGAAAGUUCUCGUGUGGCCGGUUGUCGUGCUCGAAGAUGGAUGAGAACGCUCAGAUUCAGGCGAAAUUCUUCACCAAGGAUGAACGGUACUCAGUGCCCGACACUCCGUUUUCCAUAUCCGGGAGUACGACAUCGGAACAGUUGUCCUCCCUGAUUAACACUCUUCUGCGGGAGUCGGCAUCGGGCGAUGCCGAGAGCGAUGGGGAGCCAACGUUCGACUUCUUGAUCGAUGGUGAAUUGCUGCGAGAGACCCUGCAAGAACAUCUGGAAGCGCGCAAGAUACAGCAGGAGAACGUCGUUCUCGUCGAGUACGUCGAAAAGUGCCCUCCUCCGCUGCCCAUUGACACGCUCGUUCACGACGACUGGGUGAGCGCCGUGCACACGUCGGACGCCGGUAUCCUAUCCGGUUGCUAUGACAACAGCCUGCACAUCUGGGACCACGACGGGACGCGCAAACUCCUCAUACCAGGUCACGUGGGACCGAUCAAGUCGGUAAGAUGGAUCUCCGUAGGGGAACCCCUGUGCACCUUCGUGAGCGCAUCUCUGGACGAAACGGCCAUGUUAUGGCAGUGGAACAGGGAUACGAACGCCGUCGAGUCGGUUCAGAUCUGUCGGGGUCACGCUAGGAGCGUAGAAUGCGUUGACGUCAGCUGGGACAAAGGCAACUUCGCGACCGGCUCCUACGAUCAGAUGCUGAAGGUGUGGAGCGCGGACCCCAACAACACGCAGUACGACCAAGCGAACGACGAGUCCGAAGGGAGCAGAAAGAAGCAGAAGACCGUCGACGGCAAGGCGAAGACGAGGGUUCCCGUGCUGACGCUGUCCGGACACCACGAAGCCAUCACUGGCGUCCAGUGGACCGACGACAAAGAGGUAGCGACCUGCUCCAUGGACCAGACCCUGCGGCUUUGGGACGUUGACUUGGGAGGCAUGAAGUCCCAGCUCGUUGCCUCCAAGGCGUUCCUCGAUAUCUCCUAUUCCAGGCUGAACAACCAGAUAAUUUCGGCCCAUACGGACAGACACAUUCGACUCUGGGAUGUCCGGGCGAAGGACGGAGCCAUGGUCACGUGCACCUAUUCUUCGCACCUUGGCUGGGUUUCAUCGGUACACUGGGCCCCAGACUCGGUUCACCACUUUGUUUCCGGAUCGUACGACGGUUUCAUGAAGCACUGGGACGUGCGCAGCCCCAAGGCACCGCUGUAUGACAUGACGGGUCACGAGGACAAAGUGCUCGCCGUUGAUUGGUCCCUCCAGAAAUACAUGAUCAGUGGAGGCGCGGACUGUCACAUGAAGAUAUUCGAAUUUAAGUAGCCAUAUUAAAGUGCGUAUUGUCAUUCGAGGAAGUAACUCUCACUGCGGCAUUUGUGAAUAAAAUGGCAUAUUCGAUAUACAUAA